AUGUCUGCUGAACGUUUAUCUGGAAAAACCUGUCUGGUCACCGGAGGCGCUGGUGGUUUAGGCAAGGCCAUCGCAACCAAAUUCCUGAGUGCCGGCGCCAACGUGGUCAUCUGCGAUAUCAACGAGGAUCGGGUGAAACAGACUUCAGAGGAGCUGUCGACAAGAGGGCCUUUCAAGGCUGUCGUUACCGAUAUCACAAACUCAGAAUCCGUCAAGUCACUGUUUGACACAAUCACGACAACAUUCGGAAAGCUCGAUGUCCUCGUCAACAAUGCCGGGAUCAUGGAUCGUUUUGAUCCUGUGGGAGCCCUCGACGAGAACCUGUGGAACAAAGUAAUUGCCGUCAACCUCACUGCUCCAUUCCUCCUCAGCAAACUGGCUGUCAGCAACAUGCUGGAAAACCAGACAUCGGGCUGCAUCAUCAACAUUUCAUCAGUGGCUGGUAAAUCCGGUUGGUCUGGAGGCGCCGCAUACACAGCUAGCAAGCACGGUCUGGUCGGGUUGACCAAAAACACGGCUGCCUUUUAUGGGAACAAAGGCAUCCGCUGCAACGCGUUAAUGCUCGGUGGUAUGUCAACGAAUAUCGGUGAUGCACUUCGGUCGGGGAUUAAUCAGGAGGGACAUCAAAAGACCACGGAUAUCACGCGGGGUAUUAAAGCUUCAUUUUGCAAUGUUGAUGAUGUUGCAGAGCUUUGUUUAUCCUUGAUCGGUACUACUAUUGUCAAUGGUGCUUGCAUUGCUGCAGAUGGUGGAUUUAGUGCAACAGUGGGUUGA